GGUUAACACUAGUUGCUGUCUCUACAAAGAAGUUACUGAGAUCUCUUUUUUCUUAUUUGUGGGACGAGUCUCAUUUUCCCCGUUUAAUUCAAGUUUCUUUUAUGUACUGGUCAAUUCUUAUUGUCAAAUUUAACAUCUUUACCAGCACUGUAACUUGUUAUUGUUAGUCACCAAAAUAGGAAUAGUGUGUGUUUCACUGACUCAGAUUCUCUCUUUCUGUUAUCAUGUCUGGGUUACAACACUGAGAUAAUUGCUUCUAUGAUUGAUCACUUAGCUUAGGCCUCUGUGAAAUGGACACUUUGUUUACCAUACCAGUCCUGCAAUCUUCUGAUCAUCAGCAGUCCUCCUUCAACUCUAACAAAAUUUCGAGCCAGUUCAGUAAUUUCCAUCAACAGGAGGAAGAAUGCUUCACUUGUUUCAUGGAAGAAGAUGAUUUCUCUUCGACGUCUCGUGAUCAUAAGUAUAACCAGAUUCCAUCCACAGCCACCUUACCAGACCAUCAGUAUGGCCUAAUUGAGUCAGCUUCAUCAGCAAAUCGCGGUGACAUUAACUCUUCUUCUUGCUUGAGCAUAAAUUUCAAUCCUUUGGUAUCGGAUAAGUGGUCAUCUGACAUACUCCUUGAAGCUGCCAGGGCAAUCUCUGAAGACAACAGCACGCGCCUCCAAGAGAUCAUCUCAAUGCUUAAUGAGCUUGGCUCACAAUACGGGGACACGAAUGAAAAGCUGGCUUAUUAUUUCCUACAGGCCUUGUUUAACCGCAUGACCAGCCGAGGCUACAAAUUUUACCAGAGCUUAACCUUGGCAUCAGAAAGAAAUCUUUCUUUUGAUUCGAUGAGGAGCACUCUUCUGAAGUUUCAAGAAGUUAGCCCUUGGACGACAUUCGGGCAUACUGCUUGUAAUGGUGCAAUUAUGGAAGCAUUCCAAGGUAAGUCCAAAUUACACAUAAUUGACUUUAGCAACACGUAUUGUACACAGUGGCCUACUCUUUUGGAGUUAUUAGCCACAAGAAGCUAUGAAACGACACGCCUUCGUCUCACCUGCGUCGUUGGUGGCUCUGCAGCAACGUUGCAGAAAGUGAUGAGGGAGAUCGGUUACAGAAUGGAGAAGUUUGCGAGACUCAUGGGAGUGCCGUUUAAAUUCAAUGUGAUUUACCACACUAGAGAUUUGUCUCAAUUGAAUUCAGCAAUGUUGGAUGUUCAGCAAGAUGAGGCACUUGUGAUAAACUGUGUGGGCUCGUUCCACUCUGUUCAAAGUGACCGCAGAGGUGUUUUCAUUAGCAUGCUAUCAAGGUUGCAGCCGAGGAUUGUCACGGUUGUCGAAGAAGAAGCUGAUCUUGAUGUAGGUGUGGAGGGAUACGAGUUUGUGAGAGGAUUUGAAGAAUGUUUGAGAUGGUUCAGGGUUUAUUUUGAGUGUUUGGAUGACUGUUUUCCAAAGAUCAGCAAUGAGAAGUUGGCUUUAGAGAAGGCCGCGGGACGCGCUAUUGUGGACCUGGUGGCAUGCCCUUUGUCUGAGUCUACUGAGCAGCGAGAGACUCAGAGGCAAUGGUCAAGCAGGCUUCAAGCAGCUGGAUUCAGUGGUGUUGGUUUUAGCAAUGAAGUGACUGAGGAUGUAGCCGCUCUUUUGAGGAGGUACAGGGAAGGGUGGACAAUGUCGACGUGCCCUGAAGCUGGCAUUUUCUUGAUAUGGAAGGAUCAGGCUGUGGUGUGGGCGAGUGCGUGGAAGCCCUGUUAGUAUCUAAUCACAUUCUCAAUUUUGACAUUCAAGAGUUUCUGCAAACAAAGUAUGCAUGGUUGGGAGCAGUUGAAAGCAGACCAAAAUUUUGGACCGUAUCGAUCUGAUACGAGUCAAAUUUAGAAAAAAAUUCUUCUGCGGAUAAUAAAUUUAAUCACAUAAGUCUUGCCCAUUGUCUUGUAUUAGUACUAUAUAGAUUUUUUGUCUCACCAGCUCUCAGUUCCAUCUGAUAUCAUUAACCAAUUUUCAGGUAUCAAAUUUGAUCCUUUCCUGAGA